GAGAUGAUGGCAGUCGCCGUGGAGAUUUCCCGUCUCAACGUGGAACACAAAUCGGGCGGACCCUUUGGCUGCGCCAUAUUCGAACGAGACUUAAGCACCAAUACUUGCCGGAUCUUUUCCGUGGGAGCCAAUAGAGUCAUGCCUUUGCACAACUCCUCACUGCAUGGUGAAAUGACAGCCUUGCAAUUCGCCGAGCGAAAAUUGCAACACUUCUCGCUCAAGACGGAAAAGGACAGCCCAAAGGAAUACGUCAUGUGCACCAGUUGCGAGCCGUGUGCACAAUGUUUAGGCGGAACACUGUGGGCGGGACCGGCGGAAAUGAUAUGUGGGGCCUCCAAGGAUGAUGCGGAAGCCAUCGGUUUCAACGAA